UGAACAGAGAGAACAUACCACUUCCGGGCCGUCAUGCUAAAGCAUGGCUGCUAGCAUCUAGCUUAAACAAUAAAGUGGUCAUAAACGCCACUGAAAAUGGUCCACAUCAGUAGGAUUUCUUUUCGGAAGUAUGGAAACUUUGUGGACAACCUCCGCCUGUUUGUCCGGGGAGGCAGCGGUGGCAUGGGUUUGCCCCGUCUUGGGGGACAAGGAGGGAAUGGGGGAGAUGUCUGGGUGGUGGCGACAAAGAACAUGAAUUUGAAGAAGAUCAAGGACAAAUACCCACACAAACGUUUCAUUGGUGGAACAGGAAGCAACAGCAGUGUGCGAGCUCUGAAGGGAGAGAAAGGGGAGGACAAGCAGGUCUUUGCUCCUGUUGGUAUCACAGUCACCACUGAUGAUGGCAGAAUACUUGGUGAGCUGAAUGUUGAGGGUGAUCGUGUGAUGGUGGCAAAAGGAGGAUCUGGAGGUUCUUUCUACUCCGAUUUCCAGCCCAGGACAGGCCAGGCUAAACACAUCAGGCUGGACCUGAAACUUAUCGCCGACCUGGGCCUUGUGGGGUUCCCAAAUGCAGGAAAGUCAUCUCUCCUAACAGCCCUGUCUAAUGCCACACCACAGAUUGCCAGCUAUGCAUUCACAACUAUGAGGCCUGAGAUUGGCAAACUGAUGUAUCCAGACUACAAACAGAUUUCUGUUGCUGAUCUCCCAGGGUUAAUUGAGGGAGCUCACCUUAACAAAGGCAUGGGCCACAAGUUCCUAAAGCAUGUAGAGAGGACUAAGCAGCUGUUAUUUGUGGUGGACGUUUGUGGUUUCCAGCUGGCAAGUAAAACACCGUUUAGGUCGGCCUUUGAAGCUGUGCAACUUCUUACUAAGGAGUUGGAGCUAUAUAAAGAGGAGCUGGUGACAAAGCCCGCAUUACUAGUGGCGAAUAAGAUGGACCUGCCUGAUGCUGAGGACAAACUAGCAGAGUUGAAAGAACAACUUCAAAACCCACAAGAGUUUUUUGACUUGCUGCCUGAUGACAUGAUACCAAAGAACCAAAUGACCUUCAGACAUAUAGUUCCUGUUUCCGUCAUCACCGGAUUUGGUAUCGACCAUCUGAAGAGCUGCAUCCGACGGUCUCUUGAUGAAGACACCAUCAUGGAAUCCAGUGCCGUCCAUCAAGAAAAGCUGCAGGCACUGAGUUACCACAUGCACAAGCGUUUGUGAGACACUCAAGUGGGACCAGCGGAGUAUGGUGACAGAUGACGUUUUACUUUCUGCUAAAAAUGCUGUGAAGUAGUUGAACUGUGAGGGUGUAGAUGUCUUUCCUCAGAGGACCAUCUGUGACACUGUGGCAACAGAAACCUUCAGAGCCAGCCAGUCUGCAGAGAACGACCCGGAUUUACUUGCUGUAGUCACAGUUGCUACAUGUUGAACGUUGCUCUGCUCAUUCAACAUGAUCAGGUUUUUAGCUACUGACGCAAGGUCCAUCUUUCUUUAGAGCAGUAAAAUGUUCAUAAAGCUGCUCACUAAGAUUAUAUUUAUGUUUAUUUGUAUGUCAGGGAUGCUACAGUGCAGUCUGAUAACCUAACAUAGGGUUCCACCCUGCAUCAAUAGUCUUUGUAACCAGGGUUUGUAUAACAGGCUCAUGUAUUUGUGAAGUUAAUAGAAAUGUCAUCAUAGA